AUGUCCGAUGCAAGCUCGGACACAGAUGCACUUCAGGAAGCCAGUGUAAAAGAUGUGUCUAAUCAUAACUUUUUACAGCCACGACAGAGACGAUUUCAAAACAGCGAGAAACGACUGUCAGUUCAUUCAGAUCAUUUGGCUACUUCUUCAGCAACAUCUGCUGUGAAUAAUGAAAAGGAGUAUCAUAGUGCUAGUCGGCGAACAAGUGUGAGUUUGGAAGAAUAUCAAAGUUCGUGCGCAAAACAAGACAAUGGACGACCCAACUCUGCGGCUUUUCGACGAAAUAAACACACACGAGGUCACAGUUGGUCCGAAAAUAGUUUUAGUGGAUCAUCCACUUUCCUAUCACAAUCAGAAAGGAUGCUUGACAUGAGUAGAACGUCUAUGCUUCUUGGAGUAAAUGGACAAUUUCAGUCUUAUACCGAUGAGCUAUCACCCCACGGCCAGAAAUAUGUUAAAAUCAAAACGAAAAUCAAAACACAUAAAAGAUUCAGUAGAGUCGUACUGGCUCAAACACUCACUGUCGAUGCAAACGAAAGCCGAGGAUCUUUGCAUUCCUCCAUAAAGAGCAAGGAGGAAGAAAUGGAUAAUUCUAAAAAGCCCUUUGGAGCCGUUUGGACCUGUCGUUUCAGUAAAGACGGGAAAUAUAUGGCAACUGCUGGUCAGAAUUGUAUCAUACAUAUUUGGAAGGUACUGAGAGAUAUGGAGAAAAAGGACAAUAUAGAUGUGUCAGAGGACAUCUCUUCCUAUGAACCAUCGAUCAAAGUCUUUCAUGAGAAGCCUGUCAGGACUUAUAAGGGGCAUACGGCCGAUAUAUUGGAUCUCAGCUGGUCUAAGAAUAACUUUUUAGUAUCGGCUUCUAUGGAUAAAACCGUCAGGUUAUGGCAUGUAUCGCAAACGGUUUGUCUAUGUGUGUUUAAACAUCUGGAUGUCGUUCCAAGCGUUAGAUUUCAUCCCAAAGAUGAUAGGUUUUUCCUCUCCGGCUCACUCGAUUGCAAAGUGCGUCUUUGGAGUAUACCAGAGAAAAGAGUCGCUUUUUGGAACGAAAUUCCGUCUGGGAAUAUGGUCACGGCUGUCAGUUUCACGCUCGAUGGAAGAACAGCGUGUGUUGGUUCCAACACGGGAGAUGUCUUUUUCUUUGAAACACAGGGUCUGAAAUAUAACACGCAGAUGUUGGUAAAAACGAGUCGGCAGAAACGGGGCAGAAAAGUGACAGGCAUUGAGCCCAUGCCAGGCAUGCCAUUAGGAGAGGAGCGUAUUCUUGUGACGACCAACGACUCUCGGAUAUGGAUCGUCAACAUGCGGGACAAGAGUUUUGUCUUCAAAUACAAAGGCCUGGAAAACUCCUCGAUGCAGAUCCGAGCUGCUUUCAGUGACGACGGCCGAUACAUCAUCAGUGGAUCAGAAGAUGGAUGCGUCUAUCUCUGGUGUACGGAUCAAGUCAAUUACUCACCUUUUCAUUACCUACAGCGUUUGAAAGCGGCGAUUGCUUUGGGCCAAUUCGGCGAGCAUAUGCUGCACACACUGAUGCAGACGGAGGAAUUCGCCAAUGAGCAUUUUGGCGCAGUGACAGGCUGGCUGAGAAAAGGGGAAAGGCGCAUGAUCGAUUUACUGCGUAGUCGAAACGAACAUUUUGUAGCCCAUCCACAUAUUGUCACUUCGACCAUCUUUGCGCCUACCAAAACGAGACAGCAGUUGGCGAAAUCAGGAGGCGAUAUUAUUUUCGAUAAUACACCCGUCUAUACCCAUCGAGAACCUAUACGCGAGUCUGAUCAGGAUGUGUCAGCUGAAGAAGCGGAGCCGAGUCAGAGAAGAAGUCGAACGUCAUCCAUCAGCCACAGCCACAGCCACAGCCACAACAACCACCAUCCUAAAGCCAACAGUCUUUACGACACCUCUUCCACCGAAAAGCAGCAAAAAGAGAUGGAAGAGCUACGGCGGAUUUUGAUAAGAGAUUUUGAAGAAGCAACGCCCGAAGAGAGAGACAGAUACCAUUUUCCAGACAGUCAAAUCAUGGUAUCGGCCGACUUGCGUGGUUCCAUCAAAGUAUGGCGUAUGGAUUCUGGUUUUUAUGAUAAACAUUAUCCACCGUCUUCCUCCAUCCACAGCCAUCAUCCAGCCAAUACAACCAGCGUUUAUAGUGAUUCGCAAUCCACCCAUACCUCCAUAGUAGCUCCACCUGAUACCGUCAUCCAGUCUAUGACGGAUUUUAAUACAAAACAUGCGAAACCGCAAAAGAAAGGAACCUUUUCCAAUCUCUUUGCUAAAUUCAAAUAA